CUCCGGCUCAGCCGCCGCGCAGCCCGGCUGCUCCUCCUUCCUCCCCGGGGUGCUCGAGGCGAUGUUUAACCGCGCUGUGAGUCGACUGAGCAGGAAGCGGCCGCCGUCAGACAUCCACGACAGUGAUGGGAGCUCCAGCAGCAGCCACCAGACCCCCAAAAGCACAGCCAAAUGGGCAUCUUCCCUGGAGAAUCUGCUUGAAGACCCAGAAGGCGUGAAAAGAUUUAGGGAAUUUUUAAAAAAGGAAUUCAGUGAAGAAAAUGUUUUAUUUUGGCUAGCAUGUGAAGAUUUUAAGAAAACACAAGAUAAAAAGCAGAUGCAGGAAAAGGCAAAGGAGAUCUACGUGACCUUUCUGUCCAGCAAGGCCUCGUCCCAAGUCAACGUCGAGGGCCAGUCCCGCCUCAAUGAGAAGAUCCUGGAGGAACCGCAUCCAUUGAUGUUCCAGAAGCUUCAGGACCAGAUCUUCAACCUCAUGAAGUAUGACAGUUACAGCCGCUUCUUAAAGUCUGACUUGUUCUUAAAACACAAGCGGACCGAGGAAGAGGACGAAGAGUCACCAGAUGCCCAGACUGCAGCUAAAAGAGCUUCGAGAAUUUAUAACACAUGAACCCUCCAGGCGCUGCCAGGACUGGCAGCUUUCAGAAUUGAAGGAACUCACUCUCAGGACCAUGCAGGGUGGAUAAUGGCUUUGUUAUCUGCAAGGACUGAAAUGUACAAAAACCCUUCCAUGGGAUCUGUGUAUUUUAUUAUCUGCUUGACCAGUAAGUUUUUGCAUGAUGGCUAAUCUUAGAUAAAAAGACAAAUAGCUUUGAAGUUUUAGUUCUG